AAAGGGAUGGCUUAGCUUUUAACCAGAGGCACAGGCAGCGCAGGCAGCACUGUGUGAGCAGCCAGUGACGGACACACAGCCAGUGACGGACACACAGCCAGUGACGGACACACAGCGGGAAGAGCCUGCCACUAACAGAGCCACACACACCGCCACACGCAGCCAUGAAGCGGGGACACGAUUACAGCUCCUCGGACAGUGAGUUGGAUGAGAACAUCGAGGUGGAGAAGGAGAGCGCAGAUGAGAAUGGGAAUCUAAGUUCUGCCGCGGGCUCCAUGUCUCCAUCGACUUCCUCCCAAAUCUUGGCCAGAAAAAGACGCAGAGGGAUUAUUGAGAAGCGCCGCAGAGACAGGAUUAAUAACAGCCUAUCAGAGCUGCGGAGACUGGUGCCCAGCGCCUUUGAGAAACAGGGAUCAGCAAAACUAGAGAAAGCAGAGAUUUUACAGAUGACAGUGGAUCACCUUAAGAUGCUUCACACUGCAGGAGGCAAAGGCUACUUUGAUGCUCAUGCACUUGCCAUGGACUACCGCAGCUUGGGAUUCAGGGAAUGCCUGGCAGAAGUCGCCCGGUACCUGAGUAUCAUAGAAGGAAUGGACACAACAGACCCACUCCGAGUCCGGCUUGUGUCUCACCUCAAUAACUAUGCCUCUCAGCGAGAAGCAGCAAACACAGCCCAUACCGGCAUUGGACACAUUCCCUGGGGUGGAACCUUUGCUCACCAUCCCCACCUUUCUCAUCCGCUGCUCCUGGCGCAGACUGCCCAUACCAGUGCAAACAGCACAUCCUCCUCCACAGAAGCUCAUCACCAGAACAGACUUCCUGGGUCCCCACAUGCUGAAACCUCCUCCCUGAGAGUUCCCCCUAAUGGGAAUAUUGCAUCAGUGCUGCCAGUUGUUGCCUCUUCAAAACUCUCUCCUCCGCUACUCUCCUCCAUGGCCUCUCUGUCUGCAUUCCCCUUCUCUUUUGGAUCUUUCCACCUACUGUCCCCCAACUCACUCAGCCCUACGACACCUACCCCAUCAGGCAAGCCCUACAGGCCUUGGGGCACAGAAAUCGGAGCCUUUUAAGAUGCCAGUGAGAACUAAUUAGCUUUUUGUGCAAGGAAAAAGCCGGAUUGGAUUGGGGGGGGUUGUAAUGUCCAGCUGUGCUGGCCUUUUAUUAAUGACUCUUACAAUGUAUUUGCCAACCAGUGUGAUCCAAUGGUACCAUUGCAAAUUAUUAUUUUUUUUAGACAAAAAUAACAAUUUUUCAGUAGUCUCCAGAAAAAAAUCUGGUACAUUAGUGGCAACUAUUAUUAGAUCUGCGCUAAAUGUUUAACUUGCUUUGUAAAGUAAUAAUUCCACUUCCUCUGAAGUCUCUGGAACGUUUUAACUGUUAUUAUAGUUUUUUUCAUAUUUCCAGUCUGUUACUUGUUUCCCAACAGUGACUUUUAUCUUUUUUUUUUUUUUUUUUUUUAAAUCUUGUUCUAAAAUAUCCAGUUUCCUUCUGGUUUGCUAAUAUUUUGAGCGUUGAGAUGUCCUUAAAGCUAUUGCCUACUUACAUUAAACUGUUUUUUGAGUUUUAUAUUUCCAAGCGUUGACAAAUCAGAUUUAUCAACUCCAAUAGCAAGAACCAAUAGCAAAGCCUUCAGUAGACCUGUGAGUGGAAGUUGGUGUGUGGAAUAGUGGGCCGCACAUUAGCAGCAUUCAGAGGGUUAAAUGGAACACUGAGUGCAUAUAGAGUGGUACAAUAGAUGCCUAUAGCCCAUGUAUUUUGCACAGGAACCCGGACUAUACAACAUUUCAACAGAGUUUCUAUUGUAUAAUGUAUUUUAUGACCUGAUGCACUAGAACUUUAUUUAACAAGUAGACUAAUUUAAAUCAGAAUCCACUACAUCCCUGUAUAUAAUACACCUUGUGCUUGGAUGGGACAUCAACUGAAAAGAUGAACUCUGCUGUACUGAGAUUAAUCACUGUUAUUCUGGUCAUUUUUUUGACUAAAUAAAAGAGUCAAGUGUGUUA